GAACCCCUGUUAUGUUUGUUGUUCUUCUCUGUUUCCUGUGUGGACGCAGCCGCCGCUUUUGAUGGUUCCAAAAUGACCAAACUGCAGCUUCUGAACGCCUACCUGACGGAGCGGCUGACGGUGGUGGUGAAGGAGAUCCUGGGCGUGGUGGAGGACACGGUGACCGAGUACCGGGAGGAGACGGCGAGGACCAAGCGGGAGAACGAGAGCCUGCGGGGCCAGCUGCGGGACAUCCUGCUGCUGGAGGCCGAGACGGAGUGGCUGAGGUCGACCCGGUCCAGUCUCGGCUUUGCGUCUCCGGAGCUGCGGCCUGACCCGGAGCCUCGGCCCCGCUCCUCGGAGCCGGACUCCACCCUGAACCAGCCCAGACCCCCAGCAGCCGGCGCAGCCCAGCCGGACGUCCCCCCGGCGCCGCCGCUCCCGCCGGGGGACGAGCGGUCCGCCGAGGCCCGGGCGCCGUGCGCGUCGCCUCUGCCGUCUCACUCCUCCGUGGACCCCCCGCCGCCUAAAAUCCACAUCAGCGUCCCCGCGCUCGGCGAGGAGCCCCGGGCGCCGACGCCGCCCGCCGCGCCGAUCAAAAGCGAGCCCGAAGAAUUCAGAGUGAGCGGCGGCGGCGUUGCCGAGUCCCUGACGCAGACGCAGACGAGCGUCAGAACCAGUCCGGCGGCGGUGGUGGUGCGCGCAGAGCGGCACGAAGCUCGCCGAAACAGGAAGUCCUCCCAGGCGUUAGCGACGGCGGACAAUGCCGCGCCCACGCCCGGCUUCGUCUCCGAGCUCGUGCACCGCUGCCCGCGCUGCGGCGAGGCGUUCGGCCACGCCGGCGGCCUCCGCCUGCACCUGGACCAGCAGAGGAAGACCUACGCCUGCGACUGGUGCUGCAAGUCCUUCGCGCAGUCGGCCGACCUGCGGCGCCACCUGCGCACGCACACGGGCGAGCGGCCGCACCGCUGCACCUUCUGCUCCAAGAGCUUCAGCCAGCGGGGGAACCUGCGGCGCCACCUGCGCAUCCACACGGGCGAGCGGCCGUACGGCUGCCCGCACUGCUGCCGCACCUUCAGCGACGGCGACACCAUGAAGAAGCACAAGCGCACGCACUCGGGGGAGAAGCCGCACCGCUGCGUCCGCUGCGCCCGGACCUUCGCCAGCGCCGGCAGCCUGCAGAUACACCUGAAGAGGGACAUGUGCUUCGGGGCCAACGCCUGAUUGGUCCGUUUUAAGAAAGGGAGAGAGAGACAGGAAGUCAUCACACAGAGAGACACGCCGCUCGGUGUGAACGCUUGUUCCGAUGAAAGGAUGGGAGCAUCGUAAACUGCAUCACGCUAAUUUACAUUCCCGCUCUCUUUUCCUCCUGCUGACGGGGUUUAAAGAGGAACUUCUGGUUAUUUCAGCCUUAUUUUCCUGUGUUUUUGUGUCUGAGUGACUGAUGGGAACAAGCAUCGUUGACGUUGGUCCAGUAUUUAGAAAUUUAGGGGUGAAAUAGGGUGAUUGCAGCCUGUAUUCACCUUCACUAAAAAGCUGUUAUGCAGGUGACAGACUCAGAUUAUUAUUCUAAGUGUCUGACAACAUUUUGGGAUGGAUUUCUAAGGAGGUCGACCUUUCUGUUAAAGAGUAAGAUCCUUUUUAUUAAACAUAAGAACAUCUGCAAAAUUGUGAUCGCUAAACCCACCAGACUCCAUGUAAAUAAACAGUGAUUUUAGCAUCGUUAAACACACUAAAUUCAAAGUCGACAGAAACAAAAUUAAACAAUGAAAAUCUGUUUUAGGUCGUCUUUCCACUUCUCCAACCAUCACAACUCAAUUUCUGGUUGAAAUACACACAUAGUUUGCAGAUUUACAUGUGAGAAAAUGCUGCUCUGUACACGCUAAAAGUAGUGAUUAUUUACAUGGAGUCUGGUGGAGAUAUGCUGCUCUAUACACGCUAAAAGUAGUGAUUAUUUACAUGGAGUCUGGUGGAGAUAUGCUGCUCUAUACACGCUAAAAG